GAGAUUUAAUUUUACAGGUCGAGGAGAUGUUUACAAGUCCAAAUGGUUUGCAUACACAUGGUUCGACUUUCUAUCUGAUAAGGACAUGCCAAAUGACACGUUCGUUACAAUGGAUAAUGCUAAUACGCAAAGGGAUCCCGAGGAAACUCGAGAGUAAUCAUACCAUGAUGAAUCUAUUGUCCAUGAACCCGCAACGGUCGAAGAUGAACCACCGGCGUCUACUAAUUCAACGAUGGCGUCUAUAACUGCAACGGCGGCGUCUACGAGUACCACGACGGCGUCUACAUCGACGGUGUCUACUUCUAACAUGUCCCAAGCUAAGAAAAGAAAACGUCGCAAUGAUGCUGAUAAUGCACAAAAUGAAAUGCUACUUAAUGCCUACUCCAUUUUGAAAAAGACUUCGGAUACUUCUACUGACCACUAUGAAACUUUUGGAAUACAUGUGACAAGUAAACUAAGGGAAUAUGACUGCAACACUCUACCUCAUGUGAAGAGGGCAAUAUCAGACGUGUUGUUCAGAGCUGAUAUAGGAGAAUUUACCCCCACUCACAACGUACGCAACACUGCGGGUUACUACAGUUCAAAUUACAGUACACCCACACCGAUUUUGUCUGGAGGUAGUUACCCUCCAACUCCUACUCCUCCACCUUCCGAUGCUUUACUUAUUCAAUCAGAAAUUGAUUCAAGGCCUCCACUACAAGAAGGCACGUCCUUACUACACUACCUGACUAACAUUACUCCUGAACAAAUUGAAUAACAUGACAUGUUGUAAUAUGCAAGCUACAUUGUUUUACAUUACAAUAUAUUGAUCUUUUGAA